AUGACAACCCCGCACACCCCCCGCGGAGCCCUAAUCGCAAUCGAAGGCCUCGACCGCGCCGGAAAAUCAACCCAAUGCGACCUCCUCCUCAAACGUCUCCUCUCAUCUGGUAUCCCCGCAAAACUCCAGAAAUUCCCUGACAGAACAACCCCAAUAGGCACAAUGAUAAACUCCUACCUAACCUCCACCUCCAACCUGGACGACCAAGCAAUCCACCUCCUCUUCUCCGCAAACCGCUGGGAAGCCCGCGAUCACCUCCUCUCAUCCCUAAACUCCGGUACAACCCUCCUCCUCGAUCGUUACAUCUACUCCGGCAUCGUCUUCUCCGCAGCAAAACCUCCAACUCCGGUUCAAAACCCAAACCCGCUGUCUAUAUCUUGGUGUAAAUCCCCAGAUAUCGGUCUGCCCAGACCGGAUAUUAUCAUUUUCUUGAAUAUUAGUCAGGAGGAUGCUGAGAAGAGGGCCGGGUUUGGAGAUGAGAGGUAUGAGAAGAGGGAGUUGCAGGAUAAAGUUAGAAGGUUAUUUGAAGAGCUAAGGGGGGAAGGGAGUAAUGAUAAAGAUGAUUGGUGGGUUGUCGAUGCCGGUGGGACGGUGGAAGAGGUGGCGGACGAAGUGUGGAAGGGGGUAUUGGAGGGUUUGAAGAGAGUUAAAGAAGGCAAUGGGGAGGUCAGGAGUAUCGAGUAG